AUGUUGGACAUGGGAGAUAGGAAGGAAGUGAAAAUGCUGCCGAAAUCCUCCUUUAGCAUAAACAGCCUGGUGCCCGAAGCCGUCCAGAGCGACAACAACCACAACAGCCACAGCCACCACAACAGCCACCACCCCCACCACCACCACCACCACCACCACCAUCACCACCACCCGCAGCAGCAGCAGCAGCAGCAGCCCCAGAGAGCCACCCCGGCCGAGGAGGAGGAAGAGGAGAAGGGCCAGCUCCUCCUGCCGCCCCCCGUGGCUGCUGCCACCAGCUCCGGAGCCCUGGAGGUGGCCAAGGCGGACAUGCUGGCGGGCAAAGGUGAGCCGGGCACGGCGGCGGCGGUGGAGCUGGAGGAGAAGGAGAAGGCGGCCGAGGAGAAGAAGGGGGCGGCGGAGGGGGCCAAGGACGGGGAGAGCGGGAAGGAGGGCGAGAAGAAGAACGGCAAGUACGAGAAGCCGCCGUUCAGCUACAACGCGCUCAUCAUGAUGGCCAUCCGGCAGAGCCCCGAGAAGCGCCUCACGCUCAACGGCAUCUACGAGUUCAUCAUGAAGAACUUCCCCUACUACCGGGAGAACAAGCAGGGCUGGCAGAACUCCAUCCGCCACAACCUCUCCCUCAAUAAGUGCUUCGUCAAGGUGCCCCGCCACUACGACGACCCGGGCAAAGGGAACUACUGGAUGUUGGACCCCUCCAGCGACGACGUCUUCAUCGGGGGCACCACGGGCAAGCUCCGCCGGCGCUCCACCACCUCGCGGGCCAAGCUGGCCUUCAAGCGGGGUGCCCGCCUCACCUCCACCGGACUGACAUUCAUGGAUAGGGCAGGAUCCUUGUACUGGCCUAUGUCCCCCUUCCUCUCCCUGCACCAUCCCCGGGCCAGCAGCACUUUGAGUUACAAUGGGACCACGUCCGCCUACCCCAGCCACCCCAUGCCCUACAGUUCAGUGUUGACUCAAAACUCCUUGGGAAACAACCACUCCUUUUCCACGUCUAAUGGGUUAAGUGUUGAUAGACUAGUCAAUGGAGAGAUACCUUAUGCCACUCAUCACCUCACAGCAGCAGCUCUGGCCGCCUCAGUGCCGUGUGGCUUGUCAGUUCCCUGCUCUGGCACCUAUUCCCUAAACCCCUGCUCUGUAAACCUUCUAGCAGGACAGACAAGUUACUUUUUCCCCCAUGUUCCUCACCCUUCAAUGACUUCUCAAAGCAGCACUUCAAUGACGGCCAGGGCAGCCUCCUCCUCAACGUCGCCACAGGCGCCCUCCACUCUCCCCUGUGAGUCCUUAAGACCUUCUUUGCCAAGUUUUACAACGGGACUUUCUGGAGGACUUUCUGAUUAUUUCACACAUCAAAAUCAGGGGUCUUCUUCAAACCCUUUAAUACAUUAA